UGAUGAAUUUCUAGCAGAAGUUAUAUUUCUUCCGGGUAGAGCAACAGAAUACCUUAGCGCUAAGAUCCAAAAUAAGCUGUUUGAUUUGCUUGCAAAUACUGUAUCCUCGACUUUGGUAGAAAAUAUUAAUUCCGCACCAUUCUGAAGUAUUAUCUUGGAUUCCACCAGUGAUAUUACCAGAGUCGACCAAUUAACCGUUGUUAUUAGGUGGGCAAUCACACGUUAUGAGUGAAAACUUUUUUGCGACCCUUCGAGAUACCUUCAGUUUUUUGGCUCUUCCUUGAAUAGAUGGAGAGAUCUUGGAAUCGAAGCUGGGAAAGGAUCACUGACACUAAAAAAGUUAUGUACGACACGUUGGAGCUCUCGCAUUGAUACAAUGCGAGCUGUGCGUGACAAGUAUCCCCAGAUAAUGAGGCUUCUGACGCGACUCAUCUUAACAUCAAACAAGAAGAAUGAGCGUGACAACGCAAAGAGUCUAAAGAAAAAAAUUGACACACUGGAAUUUAUUAUUUUCCUUGUAUUCUGGGAGAGAAUACUAAGAUCAGUCAAUGCAGUAUCAAAGGAGCUUCAGUCCCCUAGGAUUGACUUGUCAGUUGCCUCUAGACACCUUAAUAUUGCACUCUCGGAGCUCCAAUAUCUUCGAGAAUCGUGGCAGUCUAUAAUGCUGACUGCCACAGCACUUGCAAAAUCUUGGGAUGGAUCGCUAGAGUUUCAACAAAAGAGGGGUCGGAAGGCAAGAUAUGAAUCAGAUGAACUUGUUGUAGAUGGAAGACUGAUGGAUCCUGAGCAAAGUUUUAAGAUAAACGUUUUCUACAAGACUGUUGAUACAGCAUUGAUGCAACUGACAGAAAGGUUCAAGGACAAGCAAUGGUGACGUCAUUAUUCAGCUGUCUCUACCCCAACAACCUGGCAACACUGAGUCCUGACAUGCUUGAAAAUGCAGUACGAGUAAUUCGUGCGAAAUAACCAAAUGACUUUACAGAUGAAUUAGAUUCUGGGAUGAGAUAAUUUGCAACCGAAUUCAGAAAGGAGAUUGCAGUCAAGAAAACUGUUCUAGAAGUUAAUAACCUCGUGCUUCAGAGCCGUAUUAGUUCAUCCUUUCCAGAAAUGUACAAUCUAUUAACACUUUUCGUCACUUUGCCAGUAACUGUUGCAUCGGCAGACAGAUCAUUUUGAAAGUUGAAACUGAUAAAGACAUUUCUAAGAUCUACAAUGUCACAGGAGAGACUGGACGACCUAGCAACUUUGUCAAUUGAGAACAAGGAAGCAAAGAUAAUUGACAAAACAAAGCUUAUAAAGGAUUUUGCCAACGUUAAUGCACGAGAAAAGCUCACGUUGUGAGCAAGAACACCUAAUUUACUGUUGGUUUUUUCAUAUGUAAACAUUUUCUUUACCACAUCACGUGCAUUUCUCGAGGUUCUAAAGGGCACGAUUUUAAACAUUUUCCCAUUACCCCGAACCCCUUUUCCCCGUAGAGCUCACUUCACUUCGCAGUCCCUAAAUAAGGGCCCCAUCUUAGUAAAUUCCUAAGGGCCCCGAGUGUUUCUGUUACGCCACUGGCUGCAUGCAGUGUUUAUCAUUAGGUGAUGACACCUUAUGAUUAUGGAUUUGACGGGACAAUCUACACAAUUUCAAGGUUCAAAUAACAUGUCCAAAAAUUGACAAUAAGCCGCACCGGUGCAUAACUGCUCGACUUUUUGGAAAGAUUUUACUAGUGAUUUGUUUAUCCAUGCUAGCUUUUCAUGUCUACUAAGAUUCUUGGACGUAGCACUGGUGCUGUAGACAUUAACAGCCAUCUUCAUUUACAGCGAGUAGGAACUUCAGCACCCUUGUAUUUUUGGCCUAAGCAACGAUACAAUACCGCCUCAUGGGCAACGAUGCGAUAGAUCGAGUCGUCAAAUUUGUCAAACCCGUGCCGUGACGUAAAGGGACAAUCCACGGGUAUCUGACGGUAUCCACGUAUCACGGUACGAUCUAUCGGUUGUCAUUUUGUCCACGAUGUGACUCUAAAGGAAUUGAAUGGUUUUGACCAUGGCGUCGUGUUGUGGUUUAUGGUCCAUGAGCAAUCACAUACCCCUUUUGUUAUAGCGAGCCUUAUUCAAUGAUGCAGUUCUUAAAGGGCCACUCCAGCCCAAAAAUUUUUUCUGAGAUUUUUGCAUAAAUUGGUAGUUAGUCGAGAAAAAGAAGUUAUCGUGAAAUUUUUUUUCGAAAAGCUUAACUCGUUUUCCAGAUAUAGACGCUCAAAGUUGAGAAUCACCGUAAAAAUACGACCAAAUUUUUUUCGGAAAAAGCACUUUGUGACGUGUGAAAGGGCUAUUGUUUCAACAUUCGGCGCUAUUGUUAUACGUUCGCACUGAAAUUCGCACGACUCGGUAGAGGCUCGGAAGAGGCGAUUCAUGUCGGAAUCUCGGUUGUCGUUUUAUUUAUUUUCCUUCAUUGCGAUUGAUGUUCAGCGGAGGCUUCCAACCAACAUGGACUAGUAAUUCGACAAAUCAAAGAUGGAAACUUCAACCUGAAUGCAAAUCCUCAUCUUGGCAACGCAGCAAGCUUUUCAAAAUGGAAUGCUUCACGAAUUUUCAGAUGUGAAUGGAUUUCUGACCGAAGGCAUUUCUUAUCGUCGUGUCAUCUCAGUGAUUUCCAGGGAGCUGAAUAAUAAUUAUGUCUCACCGCAUUAGAAGAAGAACCCUAUUCACACAAGAUGGAAACUUUCCCGCAUAAAAAAGGUAACAAACUCUUUUCUGGAUCAUCAGAAAGGAUCUUGCACAAAAAUGCUAGAUGAAGGUUGGAGAUUACAUGCAUCCUGUUAUCUGGCUACUGGCUUUGUGGGAGUGAUAACUUGCCCCUCUCUUCCCUGCAAGAGUUACCACAAAGACCUUGACACAUUGUUCUGUUUUUGUAUCAAAACUUUUACAAAGGAGACUAUUUUUAAAAUUAUCAAAAUUUUAUAUAUAAUUUGGUCAUUUCUAUAUAAAGUUUGCAAAUCCACAGCUAUUAUUUCAAACUAGUAACAACAUAGAGGUAUUUUCUAGAAAUUUUGCAAUAGAUUAUUGUUUCAUGAUACUUUUAUAAGAACAUUUCUCAUGUGCAAUAGAAAUUACAAAUUGUUAGCUGGUUCACUGGCCUGAUUGUAUAGAUAUUUAAAUAUAUAAUUCAAUGUAGCCAAGUAUUUAAAUACAAACAUGUAUUUAUUAUUUAUAAAUAUAGCAGGUUGAAAUUCUGACAGCUUAAAGGAGCUGACAAGGCCCCUGUAAUAGCUUAAAGAUUAAAUACAAAAAUUAUAUUUACACAAGUAUAUUGAAAAAGUUGAAUUAUUAAUAUAAUCUCAAAUCCCUUUUUUUGUUUGUAUAAAAACAAAUUUAUAAUUUUUGAAAAAGAUGUUUGACUCAUGACUAAUGGUAGGUUUUUAGUCUUGUCUUGAAAGUUGUAUACUUUCUUGUCCAUGCCCUCGAUUGUCCUGGUUUAUUUCUAAUAAGUCAUAGUCAUGUUGAUAUGAAGCUCUUUAUCCUAAUGAAUAUGAUGAAUUAUCCCAAUCAAUUCAUACAGCUUUCAUUCCCGGUAUACUGGUUUUGUUUUGGUCUUUCCUCCCGAAUUAAUUGCGCGAUGGUUUUUUAGCUGUUGCACUAAAGGAAGAGCUGAUGAAAAAGCGCGAAUCUUCUUUUUAAAAUCAGGGAGCUGGCCUGCCAAUACUGCCAAUAUGGCCGGCCUUCAAAAGCAACAUUCCAUGAAAGUCUGUCAACAUCCUCAUGUCUCUGUCUCGCUGGCCUACUUUGACAAUUUGACUUCUCUGUCAGAAAGAUUCGUGCGAUAAAAAACUUCCAUAUUCGAUCAGAAUAUCGAGACUGAUGGAUGAUACUUCUCUCUUUAUAUCGAUACCAGAUAAAAGUCUGGCCUUCUAACAAACAUGCCGCUGCUAGGCCCUGUCUGCCAUUUCGCUAGGUUCUCGUUGACCCUUUGGACAGCCGAUGAUACUUGCCGCGAAUUUACCGAGGCCGAAAAUGCCUGUGACGUCAAUCCGAAGAUCUCCGAUAACACGGUUGAAAAACAAUUCAACUCAAUGACCAUUUUACAAACGCUAAUAACUACAAAAGGGUAAGAGAUUUGAAACAAAUAAUAACAGAUUCGUUUUCAGGAGGUCUGAUUACAUCGUGUUCUGAAAUAAAAAUUUUGGGCUGGAGUGGCCCUUUAACAGUUCUUGAGGAUAAUGCAACCCAGCCAUGUUGUGCCAAUCGAAUAAUGAGUACAGAGGGUCUAAAAACGUUGAACUUGAAACAUUGAUUCCUAGAUCUAAAAAUGGUUCUCGAGAGGAAAUGUCAGAAACGGAAGAGAGUCCGGGGGAGGAGGUGACCGAAAACGUUGACAACAACAAGGUUCCUUGUGCAAAAUGGAAAAAAACAGCCAUUCUGCUUUGCCUCUCCUUGCUGUGGUUUUUAUCUUUUUAUUCCGUUUCAAUGAUUGCUCCGUUUUUUCCGCAAGAGGCUGAUUCUAAAGGUGUGAGUGUGGCAACCUCAAGCUUGGUCUUCACAUCCUAUCAUAUGGUGCUAGUUAUCUGUUCCCCAAUGAUUGGUGCUUUGAUGACAAUUGCCGAUCCCAAAUCUGUUGCGCUUCUUGGUUUGGUAAUUGAGGGCAUAACAAAUAUAAUUUUUGGGUAUGUAGACAAAAUUCAAAGGAAAGACCUCUUUUUGGUUGCUACGUUUGGAAUUAGAGGUUUAUCUGCUGUUGGAGGAUGUGCCACUAUUACUAGUGCACUGGCGAUGGUCGCAAAUACUUUUCAAAGCAACAUGUCACCUGCAAUUGGAGUUUUGGAAGCCUUCUCUGGUUUUGGUUUUAUGGCUGGUCCCCCAAUUGGCGGAUUUUUAUAUAAUGCAGGUGGAUUUAAGCUUCCAUUUUUGGCUGUGGGAGUCACUGCUCUUCUUUUCUUCUUUCCGUUAUACUUUAUUUUGCCAGCUAUUAAGAUUGAAAAGGUGCCAAAAAACGACAACGUGAAGCUCAUCCAAGCCAUGAAGAUUCCUGUUGUCUUUUUCAUGGGAGUAAUCACAAUUUGCACUGGGAUGGCCCUUUCUUUCUUGGACCCAAUUCUUCAACGACAUCUAAAUAACACGUUUAAUCUCGGUACUGUAAAAGUUGGAUUUGUAUUUCUGAUUUGGGGAGCUGCCUAUGCAAUUUCGGCACCUGGUCUUGGAACGCUAGCCGAGAAAACGGACACCAGGUAUGCUAUUUGUUCCGGUGCCAUAAUCUGUGGCUUAUCGUUUCCAUUGCUUGGCCCUCCACCAUUUAUAUCGGCAAUACCCAGUGCAUUGUGGUUAAAUUGCAUAGCCUUGGGGACAACAGGCCUCGGAUUGGCAUUAUACAUGGUUCCCUCACUAUCUGACAUGUGCAAGUCUGCAACACGAUACGGAAUGUCGGCAGAUCUUUCUACGCAAAGUGCUUUGGCUUCAAUCUUCAACUCGGCAUUACACACUGGGAUGGCAAUAGGUCCAUCAUUGUCUGGAUUGCUGGUGCAACACUUUAAUUUCGCCUGGGCAACAACGAUAUUUGGCAUCUUCCAGAUAAUUGUGGGUUUAAUGGUUUUUGCAUUCACUUUCUGUGAGAGGAGAAGUGCAAGCUACUUAAGAUCAGAGAAUAAAGACUAGCAGCACCUAAAGAAAUUUCCUCCCUGUAUUAAUAUCUGAUAUUAAGGAAUACAUCUUUUUAUUUCGUCUCUUUUUUGCCAUUGCGUUUUGUUUCUGUUUUGUUUUCGUGAAUGUUUAGUAGAAGAAGUGCCCUGAAAGAAAUUUUUUAACAUUUUUACAACUCAAAACUUUCUAUGGACAAUUAAAAGAAUAUAAACAUUG